UUUGGCGGGCGGGUCAUGGAGGCCGCUUGCGAGGGGGCGGGGCGCGGGGACGCGCCUGAGGAGAAGGAGAAGCAGCAUCGGCGGCGGCGGCCGGAGGAGCCGAGCGGCGGGAUGGGCGAGCGGGGAGCGGCGGGGCGGCGAGCGGCGGCGGGGGCGCCCCCAGGAGGGGGCGACUCGCGGAGGGGCGCCGGAGACGCCGCCCACCCCCCCGAGGGCGGAGACUUCAGAUGCCACAGACUUCAGGAUUCCCUGCUGAGCUCAGCCAGUGGCUACAGCAACUACCGGGGUAUAUUGAACUGGUGUGUUGUCAUGCUGGUCUUGAGCAAUGCUCGCCUCUUCCUAGAGAACCUUAUCAAGUACGGCAUCUUGGUGGACCCCAUCCAGGUCAUCUCCCUGUUCCUGAAAGACCCCUACAGCUGGCCUGCGCUGUGCCUUAUUAUCGUGGCCAAUGUGUUCGCUCUGGCAGCUCUGCACAUUGAGAAGAGGCUGGCGGUGGGCUCUAUGUCGGAGCACCUGGGGGCCGUCCUGCACACCGUUAACCUCCUGACAAUCUUAUGCUUCCCUGCGCUGGUGACUCUUGCUGUCACCUCCAUCACGCCAGUUGGGGCCGUCUUUGCUCUGGGUGUCCACACCAUCCUUUUCCUCAAGCUCUUCUCCUUCAAGGACGUCAACAAGUGGUGCCGGGAGAAGAGGCAAGCCAAGGCCGCCCGAACCCGCUCCGCUGCCGGGUCGCAGAAGGCCAAUGGGAACGUGGCCUCAGGGGCCGUGGCGUACCCAGCGAACCUGACCUAUAGAGACCUCUACUACUUCCUCUUUGCACCGACCUUGUGCUACGAGCUGAACUUCCCACGCUCUCCUCGCGUCCGCAAGCGGUUUCUGCUGCGCAGGCUGGCUGAGAUGCUCUUCUUCCUCCAGCUGAUGGUGGGGCUGAUUCAGCAGUGGAUGGUCCCCACAAUCCAGAACUCCAUGAAGCCGUUUCGGGACAUGGACUAUUCCAGGAUCAUCGAGCGCCUUCUGAAACUAGCUGUCCCCAACCACCUGAUCUGGCUCAUCUUCUUCUACUGGUUCUUCCACUCCAGCCUGAAUGUCAUUGCGGAAAUCAUGCAGUUUGGAGACCGGGAGUUCUACAGGGACUGGUGGAACUCGGAGACCGUGACCUAUUUUUGGCAGAACUGGAACAUCCCGGUCCACAAAUGGUGCUUGAGGCAUUUCUACAAGCCCAUGAUGAAGAAGGGGGCUGGCAAAUGGGUGGCUCAGACAGGCGUCUUCUUCGCUUCUGCUUUCUUCCACGAGUACCUGGUCAGCGUGCCCUUGAAGAUGUUCCGGCCCUGGGCGUUCAUAGGGAUGAUGGCUCAGAUCCCUCUGGCCUGGUUUGUGGGCCGCUUCCUUCAGGGCAACUAUGGGAACGCGGCUGUGUGGAUCUCCUUGAUCAUUGGGCAGCCCAUUGCCGUCCUCAUGUACGUCCACGACUACUACGUGCUCAACUACGAGGGGAGCCAGUGACCCCCCCCCCGGCGAUGCCCCUCCUGCCUUCCCACCAGCAGAGGGACACCUGGCGAGGGCAGAGCAGCCGUUUCCUGGGCGCCCCACGACUCUCCGCAGCACCAGCAGGG